AUGGCGGCUGGUGCUACGGACGACGCUGGUGGCUGGAGCCUUGAUCAACUUUUCCAAGCUUGCGAUUUAGACGGCUCCGGGUACCUUGAACAAGGGGAAUUCGAGGCGAUUUGUUCUGAACUUGGCCCUGAGGAGCUGGAGACGGUGUUCCGGGAAUUAGACACGGACGGAGACGGCAGAAUCUCCGCCGAGGAGUUCUCGGGGGGCUUCGAGAGAGUACGGGAGGCUCUCAUGAACCUUUCCCGGAAGCGAAGACGUUUCUUAAAGAGCCAGUCCACGGAAGACGCCUUGGAAGACGAAGAUGUGAGGACUAAGCUUGGCCGGGGACUUGAGGAGAUAUCAUGGUAA